AUGUUUAACAAUAUGAACGAUGAUUUCAUUCCAGAAACACCAGAAGAGUUCAUUCUUGUUCGAGCAGCCGAAUUAGCACGAACAAAUGUUAAUGUAGCAAUGGACAGGAUACGAGAUGGUAUGCCAUCAGACUUUUCAAAAAAUCGUCUAAAUUAUUUCAAAGAACUGAAUCAUAUAUUUGUACGGGAACAAGAAGAAAAAAUGAAUCGAUUGGAACACCUUAUUUUCAAAACUCAUGCUUGGCCUGAAUCGUUUCCGGAUUGUACACCUGCAUUACGUAGGGCAGUAAAUCGAUGGGUCAAACAAGAAUUACGUCGAACAUCAGGCGCCAAAUGUUUAAUUUUAAUUGGACCAUCUGGUACUGGAAAAACAAGCUUUGCUAAAUCACUACCAGGUUAUUAUAAUUAUUUUGAUGGACAAUGGCGAUUAGAUAUUUGGAAAAACUUUACAUCGUAUUCCAUUUUCGACAAUAUCGGCUGGGAUGAAUUCGAAGAAAAAGGAUUUCCAAACAAGAAACAUAUAUUGAUACAAAAUGGAUAUUUCAAAGUACCGCAUGAAACAGGAGUACUCAUAGAGAUAAAUUGUACACAACCAGCUAUUAUGCUUCUGAACCAAGGCCUACAUGAAGGACAAUUAGGGCGUCCACCAAUUACUUAUGAAGAGGAGCGUGUAGCAAUGUUCUGGAAAGAGCAUGCCAUAAUUUAUCGAAUGGGUUCCAAUGAAUACUUUUAUAAGAAGCCAUUGGUUCCGGCCCAUGAUGAAAAUCAAGUAUCAAGCAGUUCUACGAUUGUUUCCGAUGAUGAACUUAAGGCUAGUGGUGCUGAGUAA